AUGGAUGAACGGACAAGCCUGCUACAGACUUCAAAUAGCAGUACUACAGCUUUCGACGGUGCUUCUUCCUCAGAAAGUAACCGCCGUGUGUGGUAUUUUCCUCCCUAUAGCAACAAAUGGAUAGCAGAAGCAUAUAAAAUAUGGAAAAUCCCUUUACUUUGCUACGCCUUCGCCUUGGCCGUGGACAUGGCGGAUGUAGUUCGCCUAACACCCAAGACACAGCUAUUCGAGACAGUAAUAUGUAACGAAUACUACGGCAGUAACCUGGCUAGUAUGAUGCCUCAGAGCGCCAUGAACAACCCGUGCAAGGGGAGUGAGGUUCAGAGCCGACUAGCCAACCUAAAAGCUCGUCUGAAAAUCAUUGAAAAUAUAUUCGCAUUAAUGCUUGCAAUCCCAUUUGGAAACCUCGCAAACCAAAAGGGUAGAGUCUUUGUUCUCGCUCUAGGGACUGUAGGCCAGAUGCUGUCCGAGGUAUGGAUCUUGAUAGUCAGUUUGGCUCGGGGCGCAAUUCCCUACGGAUCGAUAUACUUAUCGUCCGUCCUCAAAUCAGCAGGGGGCGGAGGAAUCGUGAUUUCAGCUGUCGGGCAUACAUUGCUUUCUGAUGUUGUGCCGUCAGACCGACGAGCACAGGCUUUUCUAUAUCUAGCAUCUGCCCUUCUCAUCACAGAAAUGCUUGCCCCUGUUCUAGCUUCUGUGCUGAUGCAGAAUUGGAGUGUAUAUGCUCCUCUAGGCCUUGGCUUGGUAUUCGAACUAAUUGGGGGUGCCGUGCUUUUCAUAAUCCCCGAAACAUUGAAACGGAUACAGGAGAGGGAGGAUCCCGAGCUCAAUGAGGCUUCCGACGAUGCCAGUGAUGCUGGGAGGGGCAUAUCUAGCUUCUGGCCUGUCGUGAAGACAGGCAUUAAGCAUGUUAUUGCUCCGUUUAUACUUGUCUGGAGAACCAUAAAAGCCAACCGCAACAUCCUCGUUGUGGCUACUUCAUUCCUAGUAACGUCACUAGGACGUAAUAUGCUGGAGUUCCUAAUCCAGUACACUUCCAAACGGUUUGGCUGGACUCUUGCCGAGGCAAACUACCUGAUAUCUUUCAGAGCGGCCGUCAAUCUUGUUCUAUUUCUCGUCAUCCUUCCUGUCUUAACUAGGUUUCUCACCAACAGAGGCAUGCAACCUACACAGAUGGACUUGUGGAUUGCUCGAGUAAGCUCGAUAUUCAGCAUUAUAGGGUCUCUGAUGAUGGGCCUUUCGCCAUCCCCUGGGCUUCUAAUCUUGUCUCUACUAUUGUUCACCUUCUCGUUCGGCUUCCAUCCUGCAAUAAAGUCAUAUGCCGCUUCAUUGGUAUCGCCAAACGAUGUGGCAACUCUAUAUGCAUCAUUUGCCGUUAUUAGUAUCAUAGGGGAAUUAGCUGCUUCUCCUUUAAUUGCAGCAACAUUCAGCAUGGGGUUAAAUAUCGGUGGAAUGGCUAUAGGCCUCCCUUUUUUCGUGGCAGCAGUACUAUUUCUUGCUUGCGUAAUCGGUUCAUUUUGUGCUCGGAUGCCAAAUUCCUAUGGCGAGUUGUAG